GGCGCGGGGACUCUGUCUCUGGCAGUUCUGUGGCAGCUGUGAGGACGCAGCAGGGAGACAGUGACUGGCACCUGUCGUCAACCGCCGUCAGAUGGACGUCCAGGCAUCGGUACUUUGUUCACCAGUGUUCUGGCCAGGAGCCUACUGUCAUCUUAGGAACACACAACGCACUCUGCCUCAGUCUCUGAAUGUGGACCAUCAAAGGCGUGAGGAAAGGAUGCCUGCAGCCCGAGGGAAAUCAAAAUCCAAGGCGCCAGUGACAUUUGGGGACUUAGCUAUCCACUUCUCACAGGAGGAAUGGGCAUGGCUGAGUCCCAGUCAGAAGGAUUUGUACGAAGAAGUCAUGCUGGAGAACUACCACAAUCUGGUCUCAGUUGGUCUUGCCUGCAGGAGGCCAAAUAUCAUCGCCUUGUUGGAGAAAGGGAAAGCACCAUGGAUGGUGGAGCCAUCAAGAAGGCGCCGGGCUCCUGAAUCAGGGUCUAAGUAUGAGACCAAGAAGUUACCACCAAAUCAAUGUAACAAAUCUGGGCCAAGCAUCUGUAAAAAAACAGCUUCUUCACAACAAAAGGUUUCCAUAGACAAGGCAAAACAUAACAAGAAUUCAGUCCCAAGAAAACCCAAGAAAAGACAGUCAGGCAAGAAAUCUUUAAAGUGCAAUCAUUGUGGGAAAACCUUUUUUCGAAGCUUAUCUUUUAAACGUCACCAAGACUUUCACACUGGAGAGAGGUCUUAUGAAUGCAGUUCUUGUAGACAAGUUUUCAGGCAGAUCUUAUCCCUCAUUCUUCAUCAGAGAGUUCACAAUCAAAAUAAAAGCUAUGAAUGUGAUGAGUGUGGGGACAUUUUUAAUAAAAAGUUAACUCUUAUGAUACAUAGAAGAAUUCAUAAUGGAAAGGAAAUUUCUCACCAUGAGAAGGCCUCAGAUUCAUGCCCUUCCCUCAGUCUACACCAUAAUAAUCACACUAUUGACAGCAUUCACCAGUGCAGAAAAUGUGGGAAAGUCUUCAGCCGGAUGUCAUCCCUCUUACUUCAUAAGAGGAUUCACAACAGAAAGAAAAUACAAAAAUACAAUAAAUAUGGGAGAGGCUUCAAAAAGAAGCCAGGCCUUGUACAUAAAAGAAUUUGUAUUGGGAAGAAAACUCAUGAAAGUGAGAAAGCCUUAAUUCAGACUCUCAGGCAGAAAGCUUGCCAGUCAGAAAACCCUUUUACGUGUGGGAGAUGUGGGAAGUCCUUUAGUAGGAUCUCAGCCUUAAUGCUUCAUCAGAGAAUUCACACGUCAGGGAACCCCUACAAAUGUGAUACAUGUCACAAAGACUUUGGACGGCUGUCAACCCUUAUUCUGCACGUAAGGACUCACAGCAGGGAGAAGCAGUUUAAGUGCAGCAAGUGCGAGAAGGUGUGCAGUCGCCUUUCAUCCUUUCUUCAGCACCAGAAAAUUCACAAAAGGAAAAAGAAACUUCUCGAGUGCAAGGAAUGUGGCAAGAUGUUUGGUGGCAUGAAGAACCUUAAAGUGCAUCUCAACAUCCACUCAGAAGAGAAGCCUUUCAAGUGCAAUAAGUGUAGUAAAGUCUUCGGCCGCCAGUCGUUUCUUAGUGAACAUUUAAGAAUCCACACUGGAGAGAAGCCCUAUCAGUGUGAAGAAUGUGGGAAAGCAUUCAGUCACCGGAUAUCUCUUACCCGGCAUAAGAGAAUUCACAGUGAGGACAGGCCUUACGAGUGCGAUCUGUGUGGGAAGGCCUUCAGCCAGAGUGCUCAUCUGGCGCAGCAUGAAAGGAUUCACACUGGAGAGAAGCCUUACGCGUGCCAAAUAUGUAAGAAGUCCUUCGCUCAGCGCAUAUCCCUCAUUCUACAUGAAAGAAGUCACACUGGGGAGAAACCCUAUGAGUGUAAUGAAUGUGGGAAGGCGUUCAGUAGUGGUUCGGACCUCAUCCGACAUCAGAGAAGUCAUUCUUCAGAGAAACCUUAUGAAUGUAGCAAAUGUGGUAAGGCAUAUAGUCGGAGCUCAUCGCUGAUUCGACAUCAGAGAAUUCCUACAAAUGAGAAGCCCUACACGUGUAGGGAGUGUGGGAAGGCUUUUAAAUAUGUCUCUCGACUAAUCCAGCAUGAGAACAUUCAUUCGGGCAAGAAGCCUUAUGAAUGUAAAGAGUGUGGGAAGGCCUUCAAUUCUGGUUCAAAUUUCCUACAACACCAGAGAGUUCAUACGGGUGAGAAACCUUAUGCAUGUAAAGACUGUGCUAAAGCCUUCGGUCGAAGCUCCCAGCUCAUCGAGCAUCAGAGAAUCCAUACAGGGGAGAAACCCUAUCAAUGUAAGGAGUGUGGCAAGGCCUUCAAUCGUGUCUCACAUCUCAGAGUACAUCACAGGAUUCAUUCUGGGGAAAAGCCCUAUGUGUGUAAGGAGUGUGGGAAGACCUUUAGCCAUAGGUCUCAGUUGAUUCAACAUCAGACUGUUCACACUGGCAAGAAACUCUUUGAGUGCAAAGAGUGCAGAAAGGCUUUUAAUCAAGGGUCCACUCUAAUCCGACAUCAGAGAAUUCACACGGGAGAGAAACCGUACAAGUGUAAGGCGUGUGGCAAGACCUUUCGAGUGAACUCGCAGCUUAAGCAACAUCACAGAAUUCACACCGGAGAGAAACCGUACCAGUGUAAGGUUUGCAGUAAGGCCUUCAAGCGGGUCUCGCAUCUCACAGUGCAUUAUAGAACUCAUACGGGUGAGAAGCCGUUCGAAUGCAAGGAAUGUGGGAAGGCCUUCAGCCACUGCUCACAGCUGAUUAAACAUCAGAAAAUCUGGGUAGGGAAGAACAUUUUUAAAUGCAAUGAAUGCGAGAAAACCUUCACCCACAGCUCAUCGGUUACCGUUCAUCAGAGAAUUCACACGGGCGAAAAACCAUAUCAAUGCACAGUCUGCGGAAAGGCCUUCAAGCAGAGCCACCACCUCGCUCAGCAUCACACAACACACACCCACGAGAAACUCUUCGAGUGCAAGGAAUGUAAGAAAGCCUUCAGCCAGAAUUCGUACCUUAUUGUACACCAAAGAAUUCACACUGGGGAAAAACCGUACAAGUGUAAGGAGUGUACAAAAUCCUUCAGGCAGCCUGCCCACCUGGCUCAGCAUCAGAGGAUUCACACCGGGGAGAAACCUUAUGAGUGUAAGGAAUGCGGGAAGGCCUUCAGGGACAGUUCUACCUUUGCUCAACAUCAGAGGUGUCACAGUGACAAACGGCCCUUUCAAUGUGUUGAGUGUGGUCAAGCCUUCAGGUACAACAUGUCCCUAACUCGUCACUUCAGGCAUUAUCAUACUGGAGAGAAGCCAUUUGACUGUGCGGACUGUGGGAAAGUCUUCAGUGUUCACAUAGGACUGACUUUGCACAGGAGGAUUCACACCGGAGAGAAACCAUACACAUGUAACGUGUGCGGGAAAGCGUUCCGCAGUGGGUCAUCCUUGACUGUCCACCACAGGAUUCACACGGGGGAGAAACCGUACAAGUGUGAUGUCUGUGGGAAAACCUUUAGCCACAGCAUGUCACUCACUGGCCAUCAAAGAGUACAUUCUGGAGAGAAACCUUAUAAAUGCAAGGAGUGUGGGAAGGCUUUUCGGCAGAGUAUACACCUUGUCGUUCACUCAAGAAUUCAUAGUGGAGAAAAGCCCUAUGAGUGUAAGGAAUGUGGGAAGGCCUUUAGAGAGAGUUCCCAGCUGACCAUGCAUCAGAGAAACCACACAGGAGAAAGACCCUUUGAAUGUCAGCAGUGUGGUAAAUUUUUCAAAAGAAGUACCUAUCUUGCCAGACAUCAGAAAAUCCAUACAGGAGAGAAACCUUAUGAGUGUAACGAAUGUGGCAAAACCUUCACGCAUACUGCCUACCUUAUACGACAUAAGAGGGUUCAUACUGGAGAGAAGCCUUACAGAUGUACCGAGUGCGGAAAGGCAUUUGGUGAUGGCUCCUCCCGUGCUCAGCAUCAGAGACUUCACACUGGAAAAAAACUUUUCAAAUGUGAUGAAUGUAAGAAAACUUUCACCCAGAGCUCAUCCCUCACGGUCCACCAGAGAAUUCAUACUGGAGAGAAGCCCUAUCAAUGCAAUGAGUGUGGGAAGGCCUUCAGUGACGGUUCCUCCUUCGCACGACACCAGAGGAUUCAUACUGGAGAGAAACCAUAUGAGUGUGAGAUUUGCAGAAAAGCCUUCAGCCACCACGCAUCCCUCACUCAGCAUCAGAGAGUGCAUUCUGGAGAAAAGCCUUUUAAAUGUAAAGAGUGUGGGAAAGCUUUUAGGCAGAAUAUACACCUUGCUAGUCAUUUGAGGAUCCAUACCGGGGAGAAGCCCUUUGAGUGUGGGGAAUGUGGGAAAUCUUUCAGUAUCAGCUCACAGCUUGCCACGCAUCAGAGAAUUCAUACAGGAGAGAAGCCUUAUGAAUGUAAGGUUUGUAAUAAAGCGUUCACUCAGAAGGCUCACCUUGCACAACAUCAGAAGACUCAUACAGGGGAGAAGCCAUAUGAGUGUAAGGACUGUGGCAAGGCCUUCAGCCAGACCACUCACCUCAUUCAACAUCAGAGGGUUCAUACCGGAGAGAAGCCCUAUAAAUGCCUGGAGUGUGGGAAGGCCUUUGGAGAUAACUCAUCCUGUACUCAACACCAGAGACUUCACACUGGCCAGAGGCCUUACGAGUGUGUGGAAUGCAGGAAGGCAUUCAAGACCAAGUCGUCUCUUAUCUGUCAUCGUAGAUGUCACACGGGAGAGAAACCUUACGAGUGCAGUGCAUGUGGCAAAGCCUUUAGCCACCGUCAGUCCCUUAGUGUCCAUCAGAGAAUCCAUUCUGGGAAGAAACCGUACGAAUGUAAGGAAUGUCGGAAAACCUUCAUCCAGAUUGGACACCUCAAUCAACAUAAGCGAGUCCAUACUGGAGAGAGAACGUACAAUUGCAGGAAGGGCAGGAGGGCCUUCAGGCAGACGGCACACUUUGCUCACCAUCAGCGGAUUCAUUCCGGAGAGUCACCUGCUCACCCUUCUUUGCCUUCCACAUCGAAUCCUGUGGAUCUCUUCUCCAGAUUCAUCUGGAAUCCAUCCUCACUGUCAUCAUGAUCUCAAAACUACACUCGUUUGCUGACUCGUCUCUC